AUGGGUAUCAGUAGCGACUCCAGCGUCGACGACAGAUGGUCCAAGGAUCUUGCUCAUGAAUUAGUAGACAUGAUCGUGAAGCGACUAUGUCUAUUUGAUUCCAUAUCAUGUACUGCUGUUUGUUCAUCUUGGAGACUAGUUUGGAAACGCAGGUUUGGAAACCAGUUUCCAUUCAUCCUGCGAUCUUUUCCCUAUCAAUCCUACUAUAGUUUAUAUAGUCCUGGCGAAGAUAGAGCCACCAACAACCUCAGGUUUCCAAAGGGAGUCCUUGUAGAUUGUCGUUGCACGGCUUCAUAUUGUUCCGGCUCUUAUGGUUCUUGGUUGAUAAUUGCAGAACAUAGCCAGCACCCAAAGUCGGCCAGGAGCUACUUCUUCAACCCGUUAUCGGGUGCUCGCAUUGCUCUGCCACCCCACUUGAACCCUUCUUUCUUUGUCAGAGACGAUGAAACUGAUUGGGAUGAGAAAUUUAUUGUCAAGACAGUAGCCUCUUCAGAUCCAACAGAUCCUAACUGCAUUGUAGCGGCACUUACAAUACAUAGUCAUACGUUGGCUUUUUGCAGGCCAAAUGAUGCAUCAUGGACUUUGCAACACGAUACUCCCGUUAAAGGUGGCUUUGGCUUUACUGACCUUCACUUCCAUGAGGGAGAGUUGUAUGCGACGGUGGGGAGGAUGAUCGACGCUGUACAGAUGUUUGAUCCCAUAGAGGUUCUUUCUCAAACUCAAUGUGGAAGUGACGAGGCUGAUGCUUUCAAGGGCAAGAAGUUAUGGGUUGAACCUCUUCCACAUCACACCAUGCGUGAUCCAUCUUUUUCUUUGAUCACUUCCUCCAGUGGCGAGAUGCUACUAGUUUUCAAGGAUGAGAGAAAAUGGAAAAAUGAUACAGAAGAAUUCUCAUUUUUGGUGUUGAGGUGUAAGGUGGAUAAAACUAUUCGCAUUAUGGGUAUGAAUUUGUUAAAGUAUGAAGAGAUGAAUGACAUUGGAGAGCAAGCGAUCUUUAUAGGCGAUAUAGGAGCCGAAACCUUGAUUGCUAUGGCAAAACCAACUAACUCAAUGCCGGUGAUAGACAAGCUUGGUGGACAUGGAAGUGGAAACUGCAUCUACUUUACUAAUGGAAAGGAUGACAGAAUUGGUGUUUACAACUUGGCUGAUAGGACACUGAAAUAUCCGCUCACUGGAGGUCAUCAACAAGCACAUAGUAAGGUCUGGUUCACACCAAAGCUGUCAUGA